AUGGGAAUUGUGGGAAGGGAGAAAAUGGUGUCACAUUGUAGGGCACUUUCUGAGAAAAGAAGUUAUCUAGUCUUUCCCGAACUGACAACAUCUUUGUCUCCUAAACAGAAAAUUUUUUUCUUCCGUCGUCUUCGCUUUCUGAAUUGUUUUUUGGUCGCCACUCACCUGAACAUCCUGUUUCUCACCAUAUAUCUGUUGUAUAUAUACACAGUGACUUUAGACGCUAGAGUCCAUCCUCUAGCUCAGGAAGAAAGCAAACAGAAAAGUGUUGCAACCUACCAACUAGGAAACACUCGCCCACCCAGCUACCCCUCGGCUAACCCCCCCAUCCAAAGUCGAAUAAAACAAGCCGUUCCCCCCCAGGACAGGAGAAAAACAGGAACGGAGCGUCCAGUAACAAAUCAGGCGAGAAAGAGACGAGCAUCACACAGAAGACGCUGCAGGAGCUUUGACACGCACUGUGGGAAGGGACAGAAACACCAAAACUGA